UCAGUAGAACAGCCUUACAGGCAUGUGGUCUUGUCAGUCAUCUCCUUUGCUCCAUUUUGUUCAGUGAUUGUGUGUGUCCAUGUAUUUGCAUGGGUGUGCGACUGAGUGGUCAAAGGAACCAGACCUUCUGCUGCAGCUCAGCUUACGGGAGUUGUUUACUUUCUUUUAUCUUGUGCAAAGAACUAAAGUUUAACCGGCUUUAGGGUGGGGCUGCAGCAAUCGACUGGAAGAUCCGGUUCUUUCUUGUGAAAAUGGCAGCCUUGCGUCGUGGCCUGGUGUGCCUGCUGCUAGCUCUGUUGAGCGUCGGAGUAUGGACUCAGGAGGCUGUGGAGGCAGAGGAGGAAGAAAGUCAGGACGAGGCAGAGGAUCUGGGGGAAUUGAAGACAGAAGAAAGUGAUGAGGAAGGUGGAGAAGCUGCUGAGGAGGAAGAACAGGAUCCAGGAGGAGAGAGUAAUGAAGAGGAAAAUGAAGAAACAGAGGCAGAUAAUGAGGAGGAGGAGGAAGAGGAGGAGGAAGAAGAAGUAACAGAUCACACAACGGAGGAAGAAACGGCAGACGAAGGUAAUUCUGAGGAAGAAGAUGCCGCAGAGGAGGGUGAAGAUGAUAGUGAGGACGAUGUCGAGGAGGAGGAUGAAGCCAUCGAGGAAGACGAGGAUGAAGGAGAUGAAGAUGCAGAGGAGGAUGAGGUUGAAGAUGUGGAGGGAGAUGGAGAUGAUGAGGAAGAAACGGAAGAAGACGAGGAAGAGGAGGGGAUUACUGUGUCUGAUGACAAAGAUGACGGUGAGGAGGAUGAGGAUGAAGUAGAGGAAAAGGAUAACGAAGGACAUGUUGCAACGGAAGAGGCUGAUGAGGAUGAGGGCAAAGACGAGGAAGAGGAAGCUGAAGAACAAUCUGGUGAAGAUGAAAAUGCAGAAACCACAACUGCAUCAGAGUACCACAGCGGAUCUCUGUGUAACCUGUGCUCACACUGCAGUUGUUGUGAUAAAUGUCCGUGUGAUGAAGGAGACUCAUCAGCUCAUUGCCAACACUGUGAUCAAUGCUCCUACUGCUACAUAUGUCCUGUGAUCUGUGAGACGAUCUGUGAGCCAGGCGGCUUUAUGGAUGUGAUGUCUGGAACAGUGUAUCAAACUCUUGCCGCAUAUCUCUGAAGACUUUUUACAUCAUCUCCAAGCCAUCCUGUGGAGGAGAGCAGAUGUAAAGCUUAGCGGCUGAGCGAAGUUUUAAAGAAGUGCCGCUGGAUGGAAACGUGACCUUUGAUCUGUCCAGAUUACAAAAUUCCUAGUAGCAAGAUGGACAUAUUUACAUCAGAUAUUUUGAAUGCUUUAAAUCUUUGAGUUUUUGUUUGUUUGUUUGUUUACAGAAAUACUUUUAUGAGAAAUGGCAACAAUAAAAUACAGACUAUUUAUUUUUAGUUGCAUUCAGUUCUCUUAUGAUGCAAGAUUUGUAUUUAGUUCCACCAGUAUUCAGUCAUUUCAAUAAAGAAAAGAUACAUGA